CCAAUGAGUUUUGGCAUGGAAGUAUCACCAACCUCUGCACAACCCUUCAGUCGCUAAUAAAUACCUAUCAUCACUCAAUGUAAUUCCCAGGCAUCACAUCUUCAGUUCUGCCCUUACAUAGUCAAACGCCAUGUUAAAACGCCUCUCUAAGCUCUUCAACAUGUCCACCACCACUUCCACCCCCGAGUCCUUCUCCCUCUUCCCCCUCCUACCCGGCGAGCUCCGAACCCUCAUCUGGAAACACGCCGUCGAUCCCUACCGCGUCCUGCGCAUAACCCUAUACCAACAGGACUUCCCACCCAUCACCCAAUUCUUAGGUUCCUCUCGUUACGGCCCGCCCUGGAACGUAAAAGUGGGCUGUACCCCCCAGCUCAAAGAAGCCACGAGACACGUGCGCAAUCUGAUGCAGGUUUCCAGGGAGGCUUAUAAAGACAUUAUGGACUAUAUCCUGCCGGAUCGGAUUUACGUAACGGUCGAUUGGGACCCGCCCUAUUUGAGGGAGGGGGUUACUAGAGGUAAGUAUGCUUCUAAGAAUGCGAAGUCGAGGAUGGGGGAGAAGGUGUAUAAGAUUCCGUGGAAUAGAAGGACGGAGAGGCUUUGUUUGGAGGUGGUGCAUCUGAGUUGGGAUGAUGUGGAGAGGAGGAGGAUGGGGGUGAUGGAGGAGAUGCCUAGGGGGAGCGACUUACCUGCGCCGCCGGUGUGGGUUAAUGAGGCAGGGUAUGAGCCGUUUGGUGAUGUCGAGCCUGACUCGGAGUCGGACCCCGAUGAAAGCCGCGAUCCAUCACGGCCCUCGGCGUUUUACGUCCCUCCCGCCGACGCCAUCGCAUCAGUCCCUGUCCCUGACCCAGACCCAGAUCGAGACCUGGACCCCAGAGCCCACGGCGAGAUCUACAUCCCCCACUCCCACGCCCAAGCCCUUUGCCAACGACACAUCAGCCUCGCUCCCACCUUCACCCACCUCAACCCUGUCGCAUACGGAUCCUCCAACCCCCUCCUCAUGCUUUGCAAAAUCCUCCGCGUCACCAACAUAACCAUCAUCGACGACUCCAUCCUCAAUGACAAUGACCCCGCCAACCGCCCCGCUGGCCCCAGUCCAGCAUGGGUGGAUGAGCACAAAGUGCUCCAUGAACUGGGGAUGGCGGAGUUAGGCAGGUUGGGCGCUGCCUUAGGCGAUCUUCUCGAGGAGGAAUCCCAGCAGGCGGACGGCCAGCAGGGAGCUAGCACAGGGUCAACGUCAACAACCCAAACCCAAACUCAAAUCCAAACUCCCCGCACGGUUCUAGCCCGCGAACUCCGCACCAUGACACUUACUCCCUCAGACCUCGCCAAGAUCCGCUUCUUCCGCGUGAAAGACCUAAACCCACCACCCCAAAACAUUCGUCGAAACGCCCGCGAAGCACAACGAGUAGGAGGAGAGUGGGGAAACGGCCGCUCUGGCACCUGGGUUAUAGCAUGGGGUGAGCAGCAUGCACCGAGUAGAAGGGAAGGGGAAUAUGGUGGGUUUGGCAGUACAAGGGGGUGGUGGUCGGGACCGGGGGCGGGGCCUUGGGGGUCCGGAGGAGGCGGCGGCGGUGGGAUUGGGGUGGGAAGCUAUGGGCGCGGUGGGCGGGAUGGGCGCCGGUAUGGGCGGCGGGAUAGGCAGCGGGAUGGCGGCGGGAUGGUGCUUGAUGUGUCACCGCCGGUGACGUCGGUGUCGGUGGGACCUUGGGGCUCGGGGUCCGGGUCGGGGUCGGGGAUGUCGGGGUUUGAGUGGUUGUGAAUGGCCGAAGGUCGGGAGUUGAGAUUCGGGGAAAUUCGGAGGGGGUCGGGCUGUUGAGGUGAGCGGCGCAGGAGGCCGAGAAGGAUGGAACGGGAAGGACACUGGGCAGGACUGGCUAGAGGACAAAGCACUUUGCUGCUGGUAAGCGGUGAUGAAAGUGCCUCAACAAGCGACACUUCCAUUGGCAGCCUGGCAUCACCAGUCGGAAAUUUGGAGGCUUGACGUAAGUUGUACCACGUCCGUCGGAAACUGCAAGUCCGAAGACCGAAGUCCGCCACUCGUGGCUAGAGGUAGAGAUGUUGCGUUAUUAUUUUUGGCUACCUGCUACACUAUAAUUGAGACUGAC